CAAGAAGAAGCUUCUUGGCUGGCGUGCAUAGCAUACAACCGCCAAGGGCAACGGAUAAAGAUGGACAGCAAUGAAUGGAGUCUCCCUUGCGAUAGCAUCGAUCAACACCACGUACACUCCCUGAGACGACCAUGAAGCUCACUACCUCCCUCGUUGCCAUUGCUGCCACCCUCUCCGCUCUCGCUACCCCUACUCACGCAGCAGAACCCGCCGAAGCACCCGCCGUCUUCAAUGUCAAAGCCAAGAAUCUCAGCCCUGAAGACUGCGCGUUUGACAUCGGCAAUGAGCAAUGGUACCAGAGCAACCUCUACCGAGGCAAGAUUCACGUAGCUGGCUUGGACGGUAGCUCCUUUUCCGUCUCCAUUCCUCAGAUCUCUUCUGAUCAGCCCUUUGAUACGCCCUACCAGCUGGCCGGGCUCUCUUUGAACAACCGUACCGCUCCUACUCGUCUCUAUGCUGUAGCCAAAGACGAAAAGGCCUUCCGCUUCAAGUCCAGCGACCCAACACAAUCCGUCUCCAAGCUAGGACCCAAUCGCUUCGUCGCCUACGAUCUUCCUCUCACCACAAAAUCUCAACCAGCUUGGUCCAUUCGCCUAGACAGAGUGCAGGAUCGGCUGAAGAAGAAGCUCGGAGGCAAAAACAGGCCAUUCGGGCCGGUAGACUCCGUGCAGGACAGUAAAGGCAACUCCUACGUCGUCUUUGCCCUCGGAGCUCCUGCCAUUGCCAAGAUCUCGCCCAGUGGAGAGGCAGUACAGGCCUGGGCUUGGGAGACGCCCAAGAGCUCUCGAGCCCCGCGGGUAGGAUACACCGGUCUUGCCUACGAUGCCGACUCGAAUCGACUGAUCGCCUAUGGUGGGCCUCGUGUACUCACCAUGUUCGAUCUGUCUUCUGCUACGCCGAGCAAGCCGAUUGCGGUCAAGAUUGAGGGGGACUUGUCGGUGUCGGACCUCACCUCCGCUGAGAAGAUCAACCUGGUCCCAUCAACGGACGACACGGGCUCUCGCCUCCUAGCAACCAACGCUCCCAACGUCUACUCCUUCCGCUCCACCUCCACCUCCAACCCCUGGUCCACCGUCUCCUUCAAGUCCUACAGUCGAAACAAGUUCAACAGCAAUGGCUUGACGACAGUGUGUGAGGCCAACUUCCGUAAUGCGAAUGGGACGAGGGAGAGGCAGAUCUAUGGGCAGGGAGCUUACUUUGGCGAGGGGGCAUAUUCGAGCAGGACGGAAUGGCCGAUGUAUGAGUUGCCCGCUAGGCUCUUGACCGCUUGAUUGACUGUCAGUGCGUAGCUGGCUGCGGGGCAAUGAAGCUGUAGUCGAGCUCGUCGUCCCGGCAGCCGUAGUCGCUGCACACUUAUGUUCGUAUACCCUCCACAUUCCGGUGCACAAUUGCAAACAUGAUCUCUAUCGCAACAC